UGUCGAUGCGGACGAUCAUCCGUUCCGAGUCACGUCAGAGUCAGAUAUAAGGCGGCGGCGCCGUGGCCUCCAGUCCCCGUCUCUGACUCUUGCCUCCCUCCCUCCCUACUCACCAUGGCCGCCUCCUUCCGCCAGCUCGCGGGCAUCCCGCCCUCCACCGCCAGCGUGUCCGACUCGGUGCUCCUCAUCGUCGACGCGCAAGGCGAGUACGCCGACGGCCAUCUCAAGAUCACGAACAUUGCGUCCUCCCGCCCCGCGCUGCACACGCUGUGCGAGCGCUACCGCGCCGCCGGCGGACACGUCGUGCACGUCGUGCACGAGGUCACGCCGGGCACACCCGUGUUCACGCCCGGCACGCCGCUCGCGGCCGAGUUCCCCGAGCUGCAGCCCACGGCGGGCGCGAACGAGCCGGUCGUGCGCAAGAAAUUCCCCGGCUCGUUCUGCCAGACCGACCUCGACGAGGUGUUGGGCAAGACGGGGCUCAACAAGGUCGUGAUUGUCGGAUACAUGGCGCAUGUGUGUGUGUCGACGACCGCGCGCGAGGCGAGCCAGCACGGAUACGACGUGUUGAUUGCCAAAGACGCGAUUGGGGACCGCGACAUCCCCGGCGCGAGCGGGGAGGAGGUCACCAACAUGGUGUGCCAUGAGCUCGGGGACGCGUUUGGUACCAUCAUCAACUCGACCGACGUUCAGUAGUUUACAGAAUUAUGAAGACAUGGCAGCAGCGC